UGUGUAUGUAGGUCAAGUGUGUAUGCUAGGUCAAGUGUAUAUGCUGGGUCAAGUGUAUAUGCUGGGUCAAGUGUGUAUGCUAGGUCAAGUGUGUAUGCUAGGUCAAAGUGUGUAUGCCAAGGCAAGUGUGUGUGCCAGUCAAGUGUGUAUGCCAGGUCAAGUGUGUAUGCUGGGUCAAGUGUGUAUGCUGGGUCAAGUGUGUGUGCCAGGUCAAGUGUGUAUGCUGGGUCAAUGCCAGGUCAAGUGUGUAUGCCAGGUCAAGUGUGUAUGCUGGGUCAAGUGUUUAUGCUGGGUCAAGUGUGUAUGCUGGGUCAAGUGUGUAUGCUGGGUCAAGUGUGUAUGCCAGGUCAAGUGUGUAUACCAAGUCAAGUGUGUAUGCUGGGUCAAGUGUAUAUGCUGGGUCAAGUGUGUAUGCCAGGUCAAGUGUGUAUGCCAGGUCAAGUGUGUAUGCCGGGUCAAGUGUGUAUGCCAGGUCAAGUGUGUAUGCCAGGUCAAGUGUGUAUGCCAGGUCAAGUGUGUAUGCUUGGUCAAGUGUGUAUGCCAGGUCAAGUGUGUGUGCCAGGUCAAGUGUGUAUGCCAGGUCAAGUGUGUGUGCCAGGUCAAGUGUGUAUGCCAGGUCAAGUGUGUAUACUGGGUCAAGUGUGUAUGCCAGGUCAAGUGUGUAUGCCAGGUCAAGUGUGUAUGCCAGGUCAAGUGUGUAUACUGGGUCAAGUGUGUAUGCCAGGUCAAGUGUGUAUGCCAGGUCAAGUGUGUAUGCCAGGUCAAGUGUGUAUGUCGGGUCAAGUGUGUAUGCUGGGUCAAGUGUAUAUGCUGGGUCAAGUGUGUAUGCUGGGUCAAGUGUGUAUGCCGGGUCAAGUGUGUAUGCCAGGUCAAGUGUGUAUGCCAGGUCAAGUGUGUUUGCUAGGUCAAGUGUGUAUGCUGGGUCAAGUGUGUAUGCUGGGUCAAGUGUGUAUGCUAGGUCAAGUGUGUAUGCCAGGUCAAGUGUGUAUGCUAGGUCAAGUGUGUAUGCUUGGUCAAGUGUGUAUGCUUGGUCAAGUGUUGAUGUGAGGUCAAGUGUGUAUGCCAGGUCAAGUGUGUAUGCUAGGUCAAGUGUGUAUGCCAGGUCAAGUGUGUAUGCCAGGUCAAGUGUGUAUGCCAGGUCAAGUGUGUAUGCUUGGUCAAGUGUGUAUGCCGGGUCAAGUGUGUAUGCCAGGUCAAGUGUGUAUGCCAGGUCAAGUGUAUCAAUGUGUGAUUGAUGUUUCUUUG